GUCAAGCCGUGCCUAUCUUUGACAACAAUUUUUCAAUAUGCGUUUGUAAAUUUGUCUAUAUAUGUAGAGGCUAGAGAGAGAGAGAGAGAGAUCAGAGAGCCGACCUUAUAAGUUAUAAACAUCAAACUUCCCUCGUUUCCUUCCCAUUUGCAUCACUUUCUUUGGUUAUCCAAUAUGGAGUCUCCUAGCAUUCCCAAGUUCACAAUUCCUCUCUCUUGCUUCCUUACGCUUUUACUGUGUGCUGCCACUCUAAAUCCUGUAUUUACUUCAAAAGUUUGCAACUUUCCGGCAAUCUUUAACUUUGGCGCCUCAAGUUCCGAUACUGGAGGAUUGUCUGCUACCCUCCAAAGAGUCAUACCGCCUAACGGGGAGACCUAUUUUCACAAGCCUGCCAGAAGGCUCUGCGAUGGUCGGCUCAUUAUUGAUUUCAUAGCAAUGGGUGUUGGUCUUCCAUAUCUGAGUGCAUACCUUGAUUCCUUGGGAACUAACUUCACACACGGUGCAAACUUUGCCAUGGCUGGAUCCACAAUCAGACUACCAUCCAGAAUUAUACCUGCAGCAGGUGGAUUUAGUCCCUUCUACCUCAAUAUCCAAUACUCACAAUUUGAGCAGUUCAAAGAAAGAUCACAGUUUAUAAGACGACAAGGAGGAAUAUAUGCACAUUUGAUGCCCAAGAAUGAUUAUUUUCCUAAAGCUUUGUACACAUUUGAUAUUGGUCAGAAUGAUCUUAGUGAGGGAUUCUUUAGUAACAUGACUGUAGAGCAAGUCAAUGCUUCUAUCCCCGAUAUUCUUGACAAGUUCUCUCUUAAUGUUAAGAAUAUAUAUAAGUUGGGAGCUAGAUCAUUUUGGAUCCACAAUAAUGGACCGAUUGGUUGCCUUCCUUAUAUUUUGGUCAAUUUUCCAUCAGCUCAAAGGGACCGCUAUGGCUGUGCAAAGCCUUAUAAUGAUGUAGCUCAGUCUUUCAAUCACAAGUUGAAGGAGGCCAUUGUUCAACUCAGGAUCGAUCUUCCUUCAGCUGCAAUCACAUAUGUAGAUAUCUACUCUGUUAAGUACUCUCUUUAUAGGGAACCACAAAAAUACGGAUUUGAGCUUCCACUUGUUGCGUGUUGUGGGUAUGGAGGAAAGUACAACUACAGCAGUAGUGUUGGGUGUGGAGGAACAGUGACUGUGAAUGGAAGCCAAAUAUUUGUUGGUUCAUGUGAGCGCCCCUCAGUCAGAGUAAACUGGGAUGGAAUUCACUAUACUGAGGCUGCCAACAAGUUUGUCUUUUCUCAAAUUUCAACUGGAGCGUUUUCAGAUCCACCUGUACCCUUAAAAAUGGCAUGUCACCAAGUUUAAAUUCCCAUUCACACAUUAAUUAAAAUAUAUAUAUUUGUAUAUGUAAAUUAAGGAGAAAUGAUUAGAUAAGUCUCAAAUAAAUAAGUUUCUGUAAGCAUUUAUAAAAAAGUAGACCCAUCUUUAAAAAGUAAAAAACAAAAAUCCAUUUUUUUGUGGGAUCUACUAUUUUAUAAAAACUUUACCCAAGAUUUAUCUAUUUGAAAUUUGUAUUUAUCUGUUUAUUAUGAUGUUUUUUGUUCCUAA